ACAAUCGAUUGCAGAUGUGUAAAUGGGGAUAAAGUUGAUCAUAGAUGCAUCUGUAAAAGCGAUUUCACAGGACAGUUUUGCGAAAAGAAAAAACAUUGUCAAUGUCUGAACUGCGAGAAAGGUUGGAGAGGUAAUGAAUGUGAAAUUAUCAAAUGCGUUCAAGGACAAGCGGAUGAAACGCAGCAAAAAUGUAACUGCAACGAACCAUACAGUGGUGAUUGGUGUGAUGAAUUAAAAACUGACGAUGUUUAUUUAUAUUACAACCGCAGAGCAUCUUCUUACGGUCCGAUUGGUAUUCUAGUUGUCAUUCCUUUACUUUUGAUAUAUUACGGUUGCGAUCGAAAGGCUCGCGCUAGGACUGUCCAACGUGCAAGGGAAAAUUUAACUGCCCAAAACAUCAUGGCAGACAAAAAAAAAGUCAGUGAUAUGCUACAACUAUUUCACUUAUCGAUUUUGUUUCUUGAAAAAUUUAUCGCUAAAAAAUUUUUAAUAGGUUCACACAUUAAUAAAAUAAAAAUAAACAAUUCAAGCCAUAUGAUGUCAGAUCAGCUGCCAGUUAUCAUUUUAUGUGCUAUAGGCGCAGAAUAUUUCGAAGUCAUAUUCACAUAUUCACAUGUAAAUAAUAUCAAGCGAAAGAAAUUAAAAUUAAUUUGA